AUGCCUGUGCGCCCCGGCGUGUCCCUCUACCGCGGGCACACGCGGCCCGUGGGGACCACGCUGCGCCAUGGGGGUUUCCAGGGGACCGAGCGUGGAUUCGUGUGCGAGUGCCUGGAAGCAUGUCCCGGUGUGACCGCGGUCACGUGGGUCCCGCCGCCGCCCCUAUAUAGCGCGGUGGCGGGCGGGCGGCGCGGUGCGGUGCGUCCUGCCGGGCGGAGCGGCGGCGAGCGGUGAGCGCGGCCGGGGCGGGCGUCUGGCGCCGGAGCGGCUGCGAUGCGGGUCAGGAUGAUUUCGGCUGCCUCCGUCCUCGUCCUGCUCUUCCUGCCCUCGGAGACCUGCUCGCCCCUGCAGUGGCCCCGGGGCCCGUCCCGCCGGCUGACCCUGGCCCCCCAACCCACCUGGGAGCCCUGGCCGGGAGCCCCGCGACCCCCGGCCCCCGCCGUCGGCCCCCUGCCCCAAAGACUGUGCCAGCCCCGUGGAGCAGAGCCCACCCCGGGACCCCGCAGCCCGCGGGCGCUGCAAACCGGCAAGAGGCGAGAGGGCAAACCCAACUCGCUGGAUCUCACCUUCCAUCUCCUGCGCGAGUUCCUGGAGAUGUCCCGGGAGGAGAGACUGGCCCAGAAGGCGCUCAGCAAUAAGCUCUUGCUGCAGAGUAUAGGAAAAUGA